AUAAUUCGAGAUUCGAGAUAAUUGAGGUUAGAACAUGUGUUAGUGGUUAAUAGCGUGCACGAUGGCCUUACAGUUUAGUAAGGAUGGCAAAUAUUUCGCGUACAUUUCAACAGAUGGGAAAUUAAAAAUUUGGGACACGAUUUCUAACAACUUUGAACAAGAAUUUACCCCGGAUUAUCAUCUAACGUCUCCUUGUACUUGUUUACAUUUUUUACCCUCUAAUUCAGACUCAAACACAGGCGCUUCUCCCAAAAAGAAAAAACGGAGGGAAUCAAAUUCAAACUUGUGCCCAAAUAUAGUUCUGGGAUCAACGUCUGGACUUCUACUUGUAUACUCGAUAGCAAAUGCUAACUUAGAGUGUACAAUUAACAGUCAGACAAGUCAGUCAAUAAAUUGUUUGUCCACCAUUGAUAGUAGUAUAGUGUAUUCUGGUGCCGAUCAAGAUGUAUUUAUAUGGAAUUUACAGAAACAAAAACUAUUGAAAAAGUGGAAAGGAGGAAAUGAGAAAAUAUCAUCAGUUUUAGCUAUUCCUGAUAGCAAUCAGAUUUUAACGGCAUCAAAAAAUGUGAAAUUAUGGGAUGUAGAUACAAAAGAGGUACUUCAAGUUUUUACCGGGCACAGUUCGGAUGUUAUUUUCUUACAAUAUAUUAAUCCGAGAGAAUCAGAGGGUGCAUAUUUUAUUAGUGGAUCGAAGGGGGAUAGACUUUUAAGCUGUUGGAGUUUAAGUAGUAAUGGGAGCAGUAAGAAUGCCGUGGCAAGUUUUCUAAUGGAAGACAUCGUCCAAAAUGUUUCUGUGAAUAUUGCGAGAAACGGAUCCACCAAUUUAGCUGCUACCGUCAGAAGUGGUGUUGUACACAUUUAUCGGCAUACACUUAAUGGGAAAUGCAAUAAACCAUUCAAACCUAAAACAACACUUCAGGUUGUUUCAGACACGGGUCAAAGUAACGAGGUGGUAACGCCUAUCAGAAUCAUUGGGGCAAUUUAUAGAGACGACGAAACUUUAUGCUUAGGAUACGGUACUGAAAUACUUCUAACCUUUGAAAACGUGGAAAUAAGUGCCUAUAAGAAAGUCCAAUGCCUUGUGAGGAAAGACCCGAGGACAGUUUCGAUAUCUAAAGAAGAUCAGACGCUAAAAACUCGAACGCCCGUCGUUAACGACAGCGUUCAGUACUUAACUCCACUAACAUCUUCGGUUGCAACGACGAAAAGGAAAAGCGAAGGUACGAUGGAAAUUCCCAUGGAGAAGAGACUGGAAAACCUAACGCUGAACAAAUCGGACCUCGUUAAGGGAGUGCCUAAAGUCGAUAACUUGUCGCAGUUGUUGAUCCAAGGGUUGCACAGUAAAGAUCAAGACAUACUCAGAACCGUUUUAUACAGAAAAGACGACAGCGUGAUUAGAAACACCGUAAAAAGGCUGCCGGUUUCUGCCCUUAUCCCGUUAAUCCAAGAACUGACACAGCUCUUGAAAGGAAAAACUUUAGCAAGUCAGAUCGGUUCUUUGUGGUUGAAGCACGUUCUGCAAGUCCACGGCAGCAUCCUUAUGUCCAAUCCGGAAUUGCAAGAGCUGUUGGCUCCUAUGAUCGGAAGUAUAGAGAAUCGGCUCACGCUCCUCACGCCGCUGCACAGGUUAAAAGGAAGAUUAGGCUUGUUAAUAUCCCAAGUUAGCAGUAGCAGUGAUAGCGCCGUGCAAGGCUUCAAUGAAAACGAAGAGCCCUUGCUGAUAUUCGACGAUAAAGAUUCGAGUGAAUCGGACGAAGAAGAUUUGAAUAAAUAAAUAUGAGAACA